AUGAAGCUUGCUACUUCCAUGUCCUGGCUCAUUGUCCUUGCCGUCCAACUGUCUUGGUUGUAUACCGGUCUGAAUGCUGCACCGACUCUCGAAAAGAUGGCUGGCCGCGCCGGCUCUGAAGAUAUAGAUGCCCUGAUCACGCGAACCAAGCAAUACACCCAAGUCACAAAUGCCGGUUAUCAUAAUAAGCAUCAAGAGGCAUAUGCACAGGUGACAUCAGCAACAGGAAAUAUUCCACCGGCAGAAGAUUGGCCUAAAUUCACAGUCUACCAAGCCGGUAUGACUCCUAGCUGUCCUUUAGCUCCCAAACUGUUCUUCAGCUCCCAAAUCUCAUGCUAA